GUUAGUAAAACGCGUUUUGUUCCAUGAUUUAAGUCAUUGUGGUAGUCAGAUUUACAAAGUUGUGUUUUUAUUAGAAUCGCCAAGCACUGCUUUUAUAAACAAUUUUUUUAAAUUUUUGAAUGUGAUUUAUUAGAAUUUGUAGAAAAUGGAUAAUAAUAAACGGUUCAAUCCAUAUAUCAGCGUUGAUGCGGAGGAAGAAAUAGUUAUCUCUGGUAUCGCUGGACGCUUUCCGAGUUCAGAUAAUAUAAAAGAAUUUCAGGAUAAUCUUUUUAAUAAAAUGGAUCUUGGCUCGGAGGAUCAUCAACGCUGGACAAAUUGUACCUAUGAAAUGCCUCCUCGAAUAGGAAAAAUCAACAAUAUAGAAAAAUUUGAUGCAAAAUAUUUUAAUAUGUCGAUCGAAGAAGCUCAUACGCUUGAUCCCGGGACUAGAAUAUUGCUCGAAAACACCUAUGCAACAAUUAUUGACGCAGGUGUCAAUCCCGUGGAACUGCAAGGAACAAGGACGGGAAUUGUCACAGCAAUGACAAUUUCUGAUACAUAUCUCGAUCUAGUAUACGAAAAGCUUCAUGUUGCUGGAUUACCGAUACUUGGUUGCAGUAAAAGUAUGUUAGCAAAUAAAAUUUCUUACUGGCUCAACGUUACUGGACCAUCGUAUAACAUCGAUACUGCAUGUAGCUCGAGCCAUUUCGCUAUGGUGGAAGCUUACAAUUUGAUUCGAUCUGGAAUUUGCGACGCGGCUAUUGUCGCUAGUGUCAAUUUAUGCUUUCAUCCUUUAGUAACUCGCCAGUUUUAUCGUUUGGGAGUGUUAUCUGGCGAUGGCUACUGUAAACCUUACGAUGAAGAAGGUACCGGUUACAUGCGUAGUGAGGCGGCUACAGUAGUGUUCUUGCAAAAAGCAAAGGACGCAAGAAGAAUCUAUGCGACUUUUAUUUAUGGUAAAACAAAUUGCGAUGGUUUCAAAGAAGAAGGAAUUACAUUUCCAUCAUUAGAUAAACAAAAAUUAUUAUUGGAAAAAUUUUACAAGGAAUGUAACGUUUCGCCUCGUGAACUGUCUUACCUAGAAGCUCAUGCAACUGGCACUAUAGCCGGCGAUCCAGUGGAGCUUCAAGCAAUCGACGAAGCUUUAUGCAUCAAAAGAGAUUUUCCUCUAUUAAUAGGUUCAGUAAAAUCGAAUAUUGGACAUUCUGAACCCGUUAGCGGUCUUUGCCAAAUUGCAAAGGUUUUAAUAGCGAUGGAAACUGGUAUAAUCCCUCCUACUAUACAUUUAAAACAUCCACGAAAGAAUAUGACUGCUAUCAUUGAAGGAAGAGUAAAAAUAGUUACUGAACCGACAGAAUGGAAGGGUGGCUACGUCGGUAUUAAUUCUUUCGGAUUUGGUGGUGCUAAUUCCCAUAUAUUAUUGAAAUCAAAUUCGAAAAUUAAAGUUAAUAAAACAAAUAAUAAUUUACCUAAGCUUGUAGUUAUAUCUGGACCUACCGAAGAAGCAGUUAAAAUCAUGUUAAAUGACAUACAAAGUCGAUCAACAGAUGUAGAAUAUAUAUCUCUUCUGCAUCAUAUUCAUAGCGGCAAUAUAAAAGAUCAUCCCUACAGAGGAUACAUAAUUGCUGGACCCAAAAUAACUAAUAAUGCAAUAAUUAAAAGGAGAUGCAACUUAUGUACGAAAAGACCGAUUUGCUUCAUAUUUUCUGGAAUUGGAUCUCAGUAUUUUAACAUGGGUCGAGCUUUAAUGGAAUUUCCAGUAUUCGCUAAAGCAAUCCAAAAAUGCGAUACUGUUUUGGAACCUUAUAAAAUAUUUGUCACAGGGAUUCUAUUAAAUAACGGCAAUAUUCUCAAUAACGUAGUCAACUUAUUUGUAAGCCUUAUUGGAUUACAGAAUUAA